UGACGUGUUUAUCACCAGGCAAACAGCUGCAGCUGAUGACGAAACAUAAUUCAACCUCUGAAUAAACUCUUUUUGGAACAAGUUUGUGUCAUUCGAGGUCACCCAAAUAUGCGCAGCGCUGCGCAAACAAGGCGCCUUCUUGACGUCGUCGAACGCAACACAAACUCCCACAAUCCACCGCGGUCCCCCACAUUCGGAUAUUGUACUCAAAAGUGUCAAAUCCAAGAUGGCACUGCACAGAAUACUCCAGCUGUCUUCCUUGCUGCGCUCCGCCGUGAGCCUGACGCUGCGCAGGAACAUCGGCAUCUCUGCUGUCGUCUUCAACCGGGCCAAGGAACUCGACCCAAUCCAGAAACUGUUCCUGGACAAGAUCCGGGACUACAAAACCAAGAGCAUGGCUUCUGGUGGGAUUGUGGACGGAGAUGCCUCCCACGAUAAGAACGUGGCCGAAGAGGUUUUCAAACUGCAGAGGCUCUUUGGUGGAGGUGACCUCGACAAGUUCCCUGAAUUGAAAUUCACAGACCCCAAGCACGAUGAAGUGGCCAAGUGAAUGCUGUCCGUGUUGUGUAUCUCCUACAUGUCACAAAUAUGUUGUAUUUAAUAAAAAGAUAGGCUGCUGUCAGUGGUUACCAAA